AUGUCAAAGAAUAGUUACGAAAGCAGUGGAGGGGUGGCCCUUCACCUCCACCUGUGCUUCUUGCUGCUCAUACUCAUGUCUCUCGUGGGCGUCACCUGGUACAUCAACUACGACUCCUUCUUCGAGGGCAUCAUCGACCAGAUAAAGCUCCUUCUCACGCUCUCCCCACUCUUUCUACUGCUUGUCCUGCACCUCAUGCCCAGGUCGCCCUCGUUGCUGCCGGAGCAGGACUCGAGCGGGACGCCGUGGGGUGUGGGACUCAUGUUGGUGCUCCUCCUAUUCAUGCUCUCAUAUCAGUCCGAUCUACGCGACCGCUGGUUCCCUCUGCUUAGCUGA